GUCAGCAGUCUCUGGUCAUUCCCUGCACUGUCUACAGUCUCUGGUCAUUCCCUGCACUGUCUGCAGUCUCUGGUCAUUCCCUGCACUGUCUGCAGUCUCUGGUCAUUCCCUGUACUAUGUCCGCAGUCUCUGGUCAUCUCCUGUACUGUGUCUGCAGUCUCUGGUCAUUCCCUGUACUGUCCACAGUCUCUGGUCAUCCCUUGUACUGUGUCCGCAGUCUCUGGUGCGUCUUAUGGAGUGAAAAAUACGAUUUUUUUUUUUUUUUUUUCAAAACUAGGUAAUAAACCAAGUCCCAGC